GAGAAGAGAGAAGAGAAGAGAGAGAGUAACUAUGGACGAGAAUUCAGAAGCAAUUGAGGCAGCAAUUAUGAGAGGAGGAGAAGAGAGCAGCAAAAUAGAAAACGACGACGACGACGGCGAGUACGGGUGGAAAACGGUGUCGUACCAUAAGCGAAACAACAGGAAGCAGGCGUCCACUAAGCCUAUCGAGACCUUCUCCGAUCGGACGGCGUCGUCGUACGGUGGCUCCGGCGACGUGUUCCGGUCGAUCGAGCAGCAGUCCGAGGAUCGCCGACGCCGCCGUUCUGAAGCUCAGAGGGAAGCCGCCGUGGCUGCGGCCGCAGGAGGAGGAGAUGCCAAAUUGAACGGCGGGGAGGAAGACGGCAGCGACGUCGAACGCGGAAGAAGCGGCGGGGAAGAUGGCGGCGGUGCGGAGGCGGCGAAGAAGGCGAAGGUGAAGAAGCCGAAGAAGCCGAAGGUUACGGUGGCUGAGGCCGCGGCGAGGAUUGAUGAUUCUGAUCUCUCUGAUUUCCUUGCUGAUAUAACGGUUUCGUACGAAUCACAGCAGGAUAUACUGCUGAUGCGAUUCGCGGAUUAUUUCGGGCGUGCAUUUGCUUCAGUGAGCGCGUCUCAGUUUCCGUGGGCAAAGACAUUGAAGGAGUCUCCUAUUGCUAAGAUGAUUGAUAUCCCUCUUUCUCAUAUUUCUGAAGCUGUUUAUAAGACAUCAACCGAUUGGCUUAGCCAUCGAUCUUUUGAAGCACUUGGGUCCUUUGUAUUGUGGUCGAUGGAUAGCAUACUUGCUGACCUAGCUAUCCAUCAAGGAGCAGUUAAGGGGUCAAAAAAAGUUGUUCAACAAGCAUCUACAAAAUCUCAGGUUGCCAUAUUUGUGGUUUUGGCAAUGACUUUGCGACGAAAACCUGAGGUGUUGAUCAGUCUAAUGCCCAUAAUAAAGGAGAAUCCGAAAUACCAAGGCCAAGAUAAGCUUCCAGUCACAAUCUGGGUGAUUGCUCAGUCUUGUCAAGGUGAUUUGGUUGUGGGGCUUUACAUGUGGGUACAUUACCUCUUGCCGAUGCUGAGCAGUAAAUCAAGUUGCAAUCCGCAGUCAAGAGACUUAAUUUUACAGUUCGUGGAGAGAGUUUUAUCCUCCCCCAAAGCUCGUCCUAUUCUUUUAAAUGGUGCUGUCAGAAAAGGGGAGCGUAUAGUGCCACCUUCUGCUCUUGAGCAUCUUAUGAGAGCCACAUUCCCUGCACCUUCAGCUAGAGUCAAGGCAACUGAGAGAUUUGAAGCUGUAUAUCCCACCUUGAAAGAGAUUGCUCUUGCCGGUUCCCCGGGAAGCAAAGGAAUGAAACAAAUGACACAACAAAUCUUGCAGUUUGCUGUCAAAGCUGCUGGAGAAGGCGUGGCUGAUCUAUCCAGGGAAGCAAGCACUGUAAUCAUAUGGUGUUUGACCCAAAACCCUGACUGUUACAAGCAAUGGGAUGACCUUUAUCUGGAUAAUCUCGAAGCAAGUGUUAUUGUUCUCAGAAAGCUGGUUGCUGAAUGGCAGGAACAGUCGGUUAAGCAUUUUACUCUUGAGCCUUUGAAGGUUACUUUAACGAGUUUCAAGCAUAAGAAUGAGAAAGCAUUGGCCACCGAGGAAGAUGCUACCCGCCUGGCCUCCUUCAAGGAUGCACAAAAGCACUGCAAUGUGCUCAUGGGACGACUGUCAAGAAACCAUGGAUGCAUGAAGGGUAUGGUGCUCAUGUCCGUUGCACUAGCCGUGGGUGCUGCUGUCGUGUCCCAAAGCAUGCACUCUUCCGACCUGAAAAAGCUUUUGGUAGAUUUCGACUUCCUGAAUCUUCUGAGUUAAUUAUUUACCUUAAUAUUGUCUGGUAUACAUGACCAAAAUGGUCAAUAGAGAAAAAUGGGGAGGGAAUGAGUUUGUUACAUCUCAAAAAAUGGAAAUAGUUAUAGAAGCCGCAACCGAAGAGAGGACUGUAUUUCUGUGUUGUUCCUGGGUUUCAAUCAUGACUUUGAGUUAUAGGUUUCCAUUUUGCCAUACAGAGUUGGAAUUGGAUGGUUUGAUGAGAACCUUUCAAUUAAGUUCAAUUAUUUGAACUUCUCUGUUUCUUUCUGAA